AUGUUCGAUUGCCUUCUAGCCUUUUGUAAGGUUGUAGAAAGUGAUGGAAAAGUGGAAAAAAAGCAGAGAUGCAGUCUCUUCCUUCCUCUACGUGAACUCUGUAAACAGUACAUCCGUGACCUGUGCAGUGGGCUCAAGCCAGAUACGCAGCCACAGAUGAUCCAGGCCAAGCUCCUACAGGCAGAUCUUCAUAGUGCUGUUAUUUCAAUCACGAAAUCCAAGUGCCCCUCCUAUGUGGGAAUUACAGGAAUCCUUCUUCAGGAGACCAAACAUGUCUUCAAGAUCAAGCUAAAUUGUGUAUUCACUGUAGAAAUCGAUGACUUCAUUUCCUACAUUUAUGGAAGCAAAUUCCAGCUUCAGGCAAGUGAGCGGUCUGCUAAGAAGUUCAAAGCAAAGGGAUCAAUUGACCUGUGAACUCUGCAAUUGGCGACAGAUGUCCCUGACACCCGAGAACUGGAAAUACCCUAAAUAUUCACUUUUACUUGAAGAGCCUCUGGCUGUAGCCCACCUCUAGUCCAGGGAAGACAGAGUGGCUGAAGAGCAGUGAACAACACAGGAGAA